AUGAAGCCUUUUGAUCUUGCUCUUCUGGCGCAAGUUUUCAGUUCGGCUGCUAUAUUCGCCCAGAGCCUCACCGGAAUAAUUCCUGAUGGGGUACUUCCCACUGGAAUCCCAGCGGGAAUCAUUCCAGCCUUUGUGACAAGAACCCAAAAGACAUCCGCCGGUCCUUCCAUAACCGCUUGCCCUGGCAACGCGCCAAACAACAGAGCUGCUUGGUGCAACUAUAGCAUCGAUACCGACUAUGAGAAUGACGUUCCUGAUACUGGCAAGACCCGCGAGUAUUGGUUCGACGUUGACGAGGUCACCAUCUCACCCGACGGGUUUGCACGCCCAGUGAUGGCUGUGAACGGGACCAUCCCCGGGCCGACUCUUUAUGCAAAUUGGGGUGACUACGUCGUGGUUCAUGUCACCAAUCAUCUUGAACAGGCCCGCAAUGGAUCUAGCAUUCACUGGCACGGCAUGAGACAAAAUUACACAAACCAGAAUGACGGUGUCGUUUCUGUCACACAAUGUCCACUUGCCCCUGGUCAGACCAUGACAUAUAGAUGGCGAGCUGUUCAAUAUGGUUCUUCCUGGUACCAUUCGCACAUCGGCCUGCAAGCUUGGGAAGGUGUGUUUGGCGGUAUUGUGAUUAACGGACCAGCAACUGCAAACUACGAUAUCGACAAGGGCUGUCUCUUUUUGAAUGACUGGACGCACGCAACAGUCGAUGAAUUAUAUGAUUUCCAACACCAAAAUGGCCCGAUCACUCUGGACAAUGGCCUGCUCAACGGGACGAAUGUUCUCGGAACGGGAGCGAAUUCCAGCAAAGGAUCGCGGUUCUCUAUGAAAGUAGACCAGGGUAACUCGUACCGUCUUCGACUUGUCAAUGCAGCUAUCGACACCCAUUGGAGCUUUAUGAUCGAUAAUCACUCCUUAACUGUGAUUGCAAUGGACCUUGUACCGAUCAAGCCCUUUACCACUGACAUAUUGAGAAUUGGAAUGGGCCAACGAUACGAUAUCAUCAUCCAGGCAAAUCAAGCUUCCACGGCCGAGAAUUUUUGGAUUCGGGCCAUACCAGGUUCAUCUUGCGCGUCAAAUUCUGAGGCAACCAACAUCGAAGGCAUACUGUAUUAUGGAAGUGCUCCUCAAACACCCAGCACGGUUGGAUACACUUUGACAUCUUCUGACUCGGAUUGUCUGGAUAUGCCAAUGACAGAUCUCGUCCCGCAUCUCGCAAAGAAUGUGGCGGCACCAGUCUGGAACAAGCCCGAAAAUGUGUCACUGAACCACCCUACAGGACCCUUCUUCUGGGAAAUGAACAGUACUUCGAUGAAGGUUAGCUGGGAAAACCCAACUUUGGGACAAGUACACAAGAACCAGAUGAAUUUCACAGCUUCAAGUGGAGUGAUUGAGCUGCCGUUCAAAGAUCAAUGGGUGUACCUCCUGAUCAAGACUGCACUCGCAGUAACACACCCAAUCCAUUUCCACGGACACGACUUUUCUAUCUUGGCACAGGGAACUGGUUCUUACAAUGGAUCACUUAUGACGAAUAAUCCCCCUCGGCGAGAUACAGCUAUGCUGCCUGCGAUGGGGUAUCUUCUUAUCGGCUGGCAAACUAAUAACCCAGGUGCAUGGUUGAUGCAUUGUCAUAUCGGAUGGCACAUUGAGGAAGGAUUCGCGCUACAGUUCAUUGAACGCUAUGAUGAGAUUCAACCCUUAAUCGAUUACAAAGAGCUGCAAAGUAUUUGCAACCGAUGGGAUGCAUAUGAUACAAGUGCCAAUAUCACGCAAAAUGAUUCGGGUGUGUAG